AUUACUCCUGGUGCGAGUCCCGCGGACUCGGCGGCCCGCUAUUUGUCAUCAGCUCGCUCUUCAUUGGCGGGGAGCGCGGAGCGAGCAGGGGGGGGUGGGGAGGGGAGGGAAGGCAGGGCUGGCAACUGCCUGGAGCCGUCUCUCCGCGCCGCUGUCGCUGCCGCCGCUGCCUCCGCCGCCGCCGCCUCCGGCUCCUCGCUCGGCCCCUCUCCGCCUCCAUGUGCCGGAUAGCGGGAGCGCCGCGGACCCUGCUGCCGCUGCUGGCGGCCCUGCUCCAGGUUUCUGUGGAGGCUUCUGGUGAGAUCGCGUUAUGCAAGACUGGAUUUCCUGAAGAUGUUUACAGUGCAGUCUUGUCGAAGGAUGUUCACGAAGGACAGCCUCUUCUCAAUGUGAACUUCAGCAGCUGCAACGGGAAGAGGCGGGUGCAGUAUGAGAGCAGCGAGCCGGCCGACUUCCAAGUGGACGCCGAGGGCAGGGUGUACGCGGCCAGGAGCUUCCCGCUGUCCGCGGAGCGGGCCAGGUUCCUGAUCUUCGCCCGGGACAAAGAGACGCAAGAGAAGUGGCAAGUGGCCGUAAAACUGAGCCUAAGGCCAGCCUUAGCCGAGGAGUCUGCAAAGGAGUCACGUGAAAUUGAAGAAAUAGUAUUCCCGAGACAACUCUCCAAGAACGGUGGCUCCCUGCAAAGGCAGAAGAGAGACUGGGUCAUCCCGCCAAUCAAUUUGCCAGAAAACUCCAGAGGGCCUUUUCCUCAGGAGCUUGUCAGGAUCCGGUCUGAUAGGGAUACAAACCUUUCUCUGCGAUACAGCGUAACAGGGCCAGGAGCUGACCAGCCUCCGACUGGCAUCUUCAUCAUCAACCCCAUCUCAGGGCAGCUGUCGGUGACCAAGCCUCUGGAUCGUGAGCUGAUCGCGCGGUUUCAUCUGAGGGCGCACGCAGUAGAUAUCAAUGGCAACCAAGUGGAGAACCCCAUCGACAUUGUCAUCAACGUAAUUGAUAUGAAUGAUAACAGGCCUGAGUUUCUACACCAGGUUUGGAAUGGGUCCGUCCCCGAGGGAUCAAAGCCUGGAACCUAUGUGAUGACGGUAACUGCCAUCGAUGCCGACGACCCCAAUGCCCUGAAUGGGAUGUUGAGAUACAGAAUCUUGUCCCAGGCACCGAGCACCCCUUCACCCAACAUGUUUACAAUCAACAACGAGACUGGCGACAUCAUCACAGUGGCAGCUGGACUUGAUCGAGAGAAAGUGCAACAGUAUACGUUAAUAAUUCAAGCUACGGACAUGGAAGGCAACCCCACCUACGGCCUUUCAAACACCGCCACAGCCGUCAUCACAGUGACAGAUGUCAAUGACAAUCCCCCAGAGUUUACUGCCAUGACGUUCUAUGGCGAAGUCCCUGAGAACAGGGUGGAUGUCAUAGUAGCCAAUCUAACAGUGACCGACAAGGACCAACCGCACACGCCAGCCUGGAACGCCGUGUACAGAAUCAGUGGUGGAGAUCCCACGGGGCGGUUUGCCAUUCAGACGGACCCAAACAGCAAUGAUGGCUUAGUCACCGUGGUAAAACCAAUCGACUUUGAAACGAAUAGGAUGUUUGUCCUUACGGUUGCUGCAGAAAAUCAAGUGCCACUAGCCAAAGGAAUCCAACACCCACCUCAGUCAACAGCAACUGUGUCUGUCACGGUCAUCGAUGUGAAUGAAAGCCCUUAUUUUGCCCCCAAUCCUAGAAUCAUCCGCCAGGAAGAAGGCCUCCAUGCAGGGACCAUGCUGACGACGUUCACGGCCCAGGACCCAGACCGAUACAUGCAGCAGAAUAUUAGAUACACAAAAUUAUCUGAUCCUGCCAACUGGUUAAAAAUAGACCCUGUGAAUGGACAAAUCACUACAAUUGCUGUUUUGGACAGAGAAUCACCAAAUGUGAAAAACAAUAUCUAUAAUGCUACUUUCCUUGCUUCUGACAAUGGAAUUCCUCCAAUGAGUGGAACAGGAACCCUGCAAAUCCAUUUACUUGAUAUUAAUGACAACGCCCCCCAAGUGUUACCUCAAGAGGCAGAGACUUGUGAAACUCCAGACCCCAAUUCAAUCAACAUCACAGCACUUGACUAUGACAUUGAUCCAAAUGCUGGGCCGUUUGCCUUUGAUCUCCCUUUGUCUCCAGUGACCAUUAAGAGAAACUGGACCAUCACUAGGCUUAAUGGUGAUUUUGCUCAACUUAAUUUAAAGAUAAAAUUUCUGGAAGCUGGCAUCUAUGAAGUCCCCAUCAUAAUCACAGAUUCAGGGAAUCCUCCCAAGUCCAACAUCUCCGUCCUCCGCGUGAAAGUCUGCCAGUGUGACUCUAACGGAGACUGCACAGACGUGGACAGGAUUGUGGGGGCGGGGCUCGGCACGGGCGCCAUCAUCGCCAUUCUGCUGUGCAUCAUCAUCCUCCUCGUUCUCGUUCUGAUGUUUGUGGUGUGGAUGAAACGCCGGGAUAAGGAGCGCCAGGCCAAGCAGCUUUUAAUUGACCCAGAAGACGACGUGCGAGAUAACAUUUUAAAAUACGAUGAAGAAGGUGGUGGAGAGGAAGAUCAGGACUAUGACUUGAGCCAACUCCAGCAGCCCGACACCGUGGAGCCAGACGCCAUCAAGCCUGUGGGCAUCCGACGGCUGGACGAGAGGCCCAUUCAUGCUGAACCCCAGUAUCCAGUCAGAUCUGCAGCCCCACACCCUGGAGACAUCGGGGACUUCAUUAACGAGGGCCUGAAAGCAGCCGACAACGACCCCACGGCUCCGCCCUAUGACUCCCUCCUGGUCUUCGACUACGAGGGCAGCGGCUCCACGGCCGGCUCGCUGAGCUCGCUGAAUUCCUCAAGUAGUGGGGGCGAGCAGGACUAUGACUACCUGAACGACUGGGGGCCCCGGUUCAAGAAGCUCGCCGACAUGUACGGAGGAGGCGACGACUGAACUUCACGGCGAACUUGGCUCUUGGACAAAUACAAACAAUUUCAACUGAUAUUCCCAAAAAAAACAAAAAAACAAAAAAAGCAUACAGAAGCUAGGCUUUAACUUUCUAGUCUACUAGCACCGUGCUUGCUGGAGGCUUUGGCGUAGGCUGCGAACCAGUUUGGGCUCACGGGGAAUAUCAGUGAUCCAAUACGAUUUGGAGAAACACUGAGCUCAGCUACACUUGAAUUUUACAGUACAGAGCACUGGGAUUUUAUGUGCCUUUUUGUACCUUUUUCAGAUUGGAAUUAGUUUUCUGUUUAAGGCUUUAAUGGUACUGAUUUCUGAAAUGAUAAGUAAAAGAAAAUAUUUUGUGGAGGGAGCAGAAAGAUAAACCAUGGUAUGCUUCAACACGCCUUUGUUACAUUGCAUUUGCUUUUGUUAAAAUACAGAAUGAAACAAAGAAGAAAAGAAACUCAUGGAGCUGACUUUGUUAUCUUGGGGGAGAAAACCGUGAGGUUGGAAAAUGUACAUUACUUCUUCUUUUAGACUUUAGUUUUUUGUUUUUUUUUUUCACUAAAAUCUUAAAACUUACGCAGCUGGUUGCAAAUAAAGGGAGUUUUCAUAUCACCAAUUUGUAGCAAAAUUGAAUUUUUUCAUAAACUAGAAUGUUAGACACAUUUUGGUCUUAAUUCAUGUACACUUUUUUUUUAUUUCCUGUGUUUUUUCCACUUCCCUGUAAAAAUGGUUAUGUGUACAUAAUGUUUUAUCAGCAUAGUCUGUGGAGAAGCUCAGAGGCUUCAGAACAUGUGUAUGUAUUAUUUGGACUAUGGAUUCAGGUUUUUUGCAUGUUUAUAUCUUUCGUUAUGGGUAAAGUAUUUACAAAACAAAGUGACAUUUGAUUCCACUGUUGAGCUGUAGUUAUAGAAUACUCAAUUUUUAAUUUUUUUUUAAUUUUUUAAUUUUCUUUUUUUUUUUGUUUUGUUUUGGGGAGGGAGAAAAGUUCUUAGCACAAAUGUUUUACAUAAUUUGUACCAAAAAAUAAAUAAAAAUUUUAAAAAGGAAAGGAAAGGAAAAGGGGUGGCCUGGCACUGGUGGUACCAAUAAGUGUGUUGUUUUUUUAAAAAGAAAAAAAAAAAAAAAGAAAGAAAAAGAAAAAAGCUUUUAAAGUGGAGAGACUUCUGACAACAGCUUCGCCUCUGUAAUUGUGUACCAGAACAUAAGUGACACACCUCUGACCCCAGCGUUCUGAAUAAAAUGCUAAUUUUGGA